GUGCGAAAGAGCGGGCCGUUAUUAACCAGUAUGCCUUUAAAUGGCGUGUACUGGUGCUGAGGAGAGGGCGGACCUGGGUGGCGCGCGCGUGUGCGCCUUUCGCCUGCAGCCGCUGCAAGUGGCACCGAGCUAACAGCGGCUUUUGUGCCCAUGAUGCACCGUGGUCGUCGCACCUGUAAGGAAGGAUAAAGCUGUCACUGUACCGUCUCUACAUCAGCACCACCGGCGCCGGAAACACUGCUGCUUAAAAAAAAACACAAGUCUGGACUAGAAGAGGAAAAAAGAUCUCUGUGGAGUUGGAUUUAGCAGUUGGAUACUCUUGGCUGUCUGUUUAACUAAGGGAUGUAACUGCAAAAGGCCAGCGGCUCCCCUGCCAGCUCCACAUCCCAGCAGACAAAAUGAAGGAGGAAAUUCCACUCACAUGACCUCGCACCACAAGUCUCCAUCUUCGUCCGGUCUGAAGAGCAGGGCGACGUCUUAAAGCCCGGUCUCCUCCUUCUGUCAGCUUGCUCGGUAACAUUUAAAAGGACAACAAUCACUGCCCUGCAACACCUGGACAAUUUACCUUACGACUGUUAACUACAACGACUGUUCUCCUGCUAUUGCCCUUUCCCUCUUUUAAAGACAUAUUUUUUUAUAAUAAAUGUUUAUCCAAAUAUAUCUAUAUUGAAGAUUGAACUGUGGAACCCUGAAACUGAGUCCAGUCCCUGAGAUUUGAAUCUAACCGAAUUCUCGUCAGACAUUUUUUUGGAUUAAGAAAUUAUUUACAGCUAUGGAUCUUGUAGGUUUUUCUAUCAGGCUGCAUGUGUUCCUCAGCACAUGCCUGGGACUGGAAUUUUUAGGUACACCAGGUCAGUGGGCACGCUACCUCCGCUGGGAUGCCAGCACCCGCGGUGACCUCAGCUUCCAGUUUAAGACAGAGGCCUCAGACGCACUGUUGCUGUACUUUGACGAUGGAGGUUACUGUGACUUUCUACAGCUCUCAGUGGCCGAGGGACUACUGCGGCUGCGCUUCAGCAUCGACUGUGCUGAGACCACUGUUGUGUCAGACAGACGGGUAGAUGACAGCAGCUGGCACUUUGCCACCCUGAGCAGGUACAACCUGCGCACAGUGCUGGUGCUGGACGGCCAAGCCAAAGCAGGCGAGGUAAAGCCUCAGCGUCAGUUCAUGAAAAUAGUCAGCGACCUGUUCCUAGGUGGAGUGCCUCAGGAUAUCCGCAGCGGUGCACUUACACUGCCUACAGUGCGAAACAUGCAGCCCUUCAGUGGCACAAUCGCAGACCUCAAAUACGGCAUCUCACAGCCCCUGUUCCUAGGAAGCCUUAACGUGCCGCUGGAGUCGGAAGGAUGGUGCACCGUGAACCCGUGUGAGAAUGGUGGGAUGUGCACAGUGGUGGACGGAGAACCGGUUUGUGACUGCUCCAAAACAGAAUACAAGGGCCGCUUCUGCAGCGAAGAAAUCAACAGCAACAACAUGCCAGGCCUUGCACAUAUGAUGGCAGAGCAAGCUAAAAGCAAAGCAAGAGAAGAGAAUGUGGCGACUUUCCGUGGCUCAGAGUACUUCUGCUACGAUCUCUCCCAGAACCCAAUCCAGAGCAGUAGCGAUGAAAUUACACUCUCCUUUAAGACGUGGCAGCGGAACGGCCUUAUUCUUCACACCGGCAAGUCAGCUGACUAUGUCAAUCUGGCGCUAAAGGACGGAGCUGUCUCCCUCGUUAUCAACUUGGGCUCUGGAGCCUUUGAAGCCAUUGUGGAGCCGGUCAAUGGGAAGUUUAAUGACAACUCAUGGCACGAUGUCAAAGUGACCCGCAACCUCCGGCAGGUGACAAUAUCAGUGGAUGGGAUUCUGACAACUACAGGCUACACCCAGGAAGAUUACACCAUGCUGGGCUCCGAUGACUUCUUCUAUGUGGGUGGGAGCCCCAGCACAGCUGACCUGCCUGGUUCUCCAGUUAGCAACAACUUCAUGGGCUGCCUCAAGGAGGUAGUGUAUAAGAAUAAUGACAUCCGUCUUGAGUUGUCCCGUCUGGCUCGAAUUGUGGACCCCAAGAUGAAAAUCCAGGGUGAGGUAUCCUACAAGUGUGAAAAUGUGGCCACCCUUGACCCAAUUUCUUUUGAAACCCCUGAGGCCUAUAUCAGUCUCCCUAAGUGGAACACCAAGCGGAUGGGAUCCAUCUCUUUCGAUUUCCGUACGACUGAGCCCAAUGGACUCAUCCUCUUUACCCAUGGCAAACCCCAAGAGCGCAAAGAUGCUGCACGGAGCCAAAAGAACACCAAGGUGGAUUUCUUUGCUGUGGAGCUGUUGGAUGGCAGCCUGUACCUGCUGCUGGAUAUGGGCUCUGGGACUAUCAAGGUUAAGGCCACCCAGACAAAGGUGAAUGAUGGGGUCUGGUAUCAUGUCGACAUCCAGAGGGAUGGACGCUCAGGCACCAUCUCUGUAAACAGCAGAAGGACUCCGUUCACAGCCAGUGGUGAGAGUGAGAUUCUGGACCUGGAGGGUGACAUGUAUUUGGGGGGGCUUCCAACUGACCGCACCAACCUCAUCCUGCCCACGGAGCUCUGGACAGCAAUGCUCAACUAUGGCUAUGUGGGCUGUAUUCGUGACCUUUUCAUUGAUGGUCGAAGCAAGGACAUCCGUCAGAUUGCUGAGGCACAAAAUGGGGCUGGCAUUAAACCAUCAUGCAAUAAACAACCUGGCAAGCAGUGCGAGAGCUACCCAUGCAAGAACCGAGGAGUCUGCAAAGAAGGCUGGAAUCGAUUCAUCUGUGACUGCACUGGUACUGGCUACUGGUCACGCACCUGUGAGAGAGAGGCUUCAAUCCUCUCCUAUGAUGGCAGCAUGUAUAUGAAGGUUGUGAUGCCGAUCAUCAUGCAUACUGAAGCUGAGGAUGUGUCUUUGCGGUUUCGCUCCCAGCGGGCUUAUGGUCUCCUCAUGGCCACUACCUCCCGAGACUCAGCCGACACGCUACGGCUGGAGUUGGACGGGAGUCGCGUCAAACUCACGGUCAAUCUAGACUGUAUCAGGAUAAACUGUAACUCCAGCAAGGGACCGGAGACCCUGUAUGCUGGGCAAAAGCUCAAUGAUAAUGAAUGGCAUACAGUGCGUGUGGUGCGUCGUGGCAAAACCUACAAGCUAACGGUUGACGAUGAUGUAGCAGAAGGCCAGAUGGUGGGUGACCACACUCGUCUGGAGUUCCAUAACAUCGAAACAGGCAUAAUGACAGAGCGCCGAUUUGUUUCUAGCAUCCCAUCCAGCUUUAUUGGUCACCUCCAGAGCCUAAGAUUUAACGGCAUGCUAUACAUUGACUUAUGCAAGAAUGGUGACAUUGAUUACUGUGAGCUCAAUGCCCGCUUUGGGAUUCGCUCCAUUAUCGCUGACCCUGUCACCUUCAAAUCCAAGAGCAGCUAUCUCAGCCUGGCCACGUUACAGGCCUACACGUCCAUGCACCUCUUCUUUCAGUUCAAGACCACUUCACCAGAUGGCUUCAUACUCUUCAACUCUGGAGACGGCAAUGAUUUCAUUGCUGUGGAACUAGUUAAAGGGUACAUACACUAUGUUUUUGACCUUGGAAAUGGGCCCAACCUCAUCAAGGGAAAAAGUGAAAGGGCACUAAAUGACAAUCAGUGGCACAAUGUGGCUAUUACCCGAGACAACAGCAACACCCAUACGCUGAAAGUAGAUGCUACAGCCACUAGUCAGAGUAUCAAUGGUGCCAAGAAUCUGGACCUUAAAGGUGAUCUGUUCAUUGCUGGACUGGGUCCAGGCAUGUAUGGCAACCUGCCUAAACUGGUGGCUUCCAGAGACGGCUUCCAGGGCUGUUUGGCGUCAGUGGACCUCAAUGGUCGUCUUCCGGAUCUCCUCAACGAUGCAUUGUUUCGCAGCGGGCAGAUUGAACGUGGAUGUGAAGGUACACCGUCCCUCAAAUCUCAGCCUGAUUUAGACUACUACAACACAAACUUCAACUCCAACUCCAGCAGCCCUUUCUUCCUGCUCAAUGCAAACAGUAGCUCUGCAUCCAUGAGACCGUAUGGAAGGCGCUUCGUCUUAUUAACUGUAUUUGUUGCCUCACUUAUUCACUGGAGGUUAGAGAACUCCAGGAGCGCCACCAGACCUCGGGUGGAAAAAGGCUUGAUUGCUUACCCCGAGGAGCUACACUUAGAGGUGGCAAGGCACCACUCCACUUCACCCGUCUCCAUAUAUAGAUCUCCACUAUUGCUAAAGGGUGGUCACACGGGGACAACAUACAUCUUUGGCAAAGGUGGGGGCCUCAUUACAUUCAAUUGGCCAGCCAAUGAGAGACCAAGCACCAGAACGGACAGGUUGACUGUCGGCUUCAGCACCUCCCUGAAAGAUGGCAUCUUAGUCAGAAUUGACAGUGCACCUGGUCUAGGGGACUAUCUCAUGCUGCAUAUACAACAAGGCAAAAUUGGAGUGACCUUCAACAUCGGCACAGUGGAUAUCAGCGUGCAGGAAAGCAGCACCCCAGUGAAUGAUGGGAAGUAUCACGUUGUCCGUUUCACCAGAAAUGGUGGCAAUGCUACACUGCAGGUGGAUAACUGGUCUAUGAAUGAACAUUUCCCACCAGGGAACAGCGACAUUGAACGCUAUCAGAUGGCCAAUAAGAAAAUUCCUUUUAAAUUUGCCAGACCAGUAGAAGAAUGGCUACAAGAGAAAGGGCGGCAGUUAACAAUUUUCAACACACAAGCAACAGUGGCAAUUGGUGGUAGUGAUCGUGGCCGGCCCUUUCAAGGUCAGCUCUCGGGCCUUUAUUACAAUGGCCUAAAGGUGUUGAACAUGGCAGCUGAAGGCAACCCAAACAUCAAGAUUAAUGGCAGUGUAAGGCUGGUAGGCGAUGUACCUAGUGUGGCAGGUUCAGCCAGGACCACAGCCAUGUCUCCAGAGAUGACAACGUCCUUCAUUGAGACUACUACCAUGAUGUCCACUACGACCACACGGAAACACAGAUCUUCCUCAACUGUACAGCACCAAGAGGACAUUGGGUCAUCUGCCGAGUGUUCGAGUGAUGAUGAAGAUGAGGAGGAGUGUGAAACUAGCCGUACAGGUGGGCUAGGAGAUGAGUUAGUCGUCAAAAUACUUGAGGAUCCAUUAGUGCACCCCUCUGUAGCUCCUUGUACACCCUUCAUUCCCACUCCCUCAACCCACCACCCACUCCUCACCAUUGAGACCACCAAAGAGUCCCUGUCCAAGGCCACUGAGGCGGGGCUACCUUGCUUGUCGGACCGAGGCAGCGAUGAUUGUGAUGAUGAUGGCUUGGUGAUAUCGGGGUAUGGCUCUGGGAAAGCGUUCAAGUCUAAGCUGCCACCUACUGAUGAUGAAGAUUUUUACUCAACCUUCUUCUUGGUAACAGAUAAGACCUUGUCCACGUCAGGCUUUCAAGGUGACUACAAAGCAAAUGCAACCAAGACUUUUAUACGUAACAAACCUUCCAUCUCCAGACGCAGUAGGACUACCACUAUCGCCAUAGCACGAACCGCCGACCAGAGCCGCACCACCACCACCUCUGCCUCCACCGCACCCUCCAAACAGCCAGCUGGCAAAACGAAUAACCGCGAGCUAAAACCCCGGCCCGACCUAGCGUUGCUUCCAUUGCCCACAUCCUUUGAGGUAGACAGCACCAAGCUGAGGGGCCCAUUAAUAACCUCCCCAAUGUUCCGUAAUAUACCCACAGCACUUCCCACAGAGCCAGGCGUCAGGCGAGUUCCAGGGCCCUCGGAAGUGGUCCGCGAAUCUAGCAGCACCACCGGGAUGGUCAUCGGAAUAGUGGCGGCCGCUGCCCUGUGCAUCCUCAUCCUUCUAUAUGCCAUGUAUAAGUACAGGAACAGGGAUGAAGGCUCCUACCAGGUGGACGAGAGCAGGAACUACAUAACCAACUCGGCUGUGCAGAGCAAUGGCGCUGUCAUGAAGGACAAACAGCAAAGCUUGAAAGGCAGCAACAAGAGACAGAAAAACAAGGAUAAGGAGUAUUAUGUGUGACUGUGAGACUUUCGUGUACACGAGAGAGCGAAGAAAGAGAGCACUAAGAGAACUUUUACUUAUCAGUUUCCUCGUGAGGAGCUAUGACAAAUGAUGGUAUAAUAUGGAACUUGAAAAUUCUUAUACUGUGCUGAGUAGUUGAACUGAUGAUAUGUACUGUAACAUAAAGCACACUUACUAUUAAGCAAAAGCUUAAUGACAAGGUUAAAUAGCAACUUUAGAGACCUUACUCUUCUAUCUGGUCAGAGACAUUAUUGGUAGAGAAAUACUUCACAGCAUCAUUCUCCUAAGUGACUUUUAGAGCUACGUGAUCCUUGGCAUUAAACAAUUUUUUGUGAAAUUGUUAAUUACAAAAGGCUCAUAAAAUUACACAUUUUCAGCAUGUAAACAACAUAGUGCUUAACAAGAGGGGGUCAGGCACACAAUGGUUGUAAAAAUAAAGGACUCUUGUAUCAAAAUAUUACCAAUUUUUAUGGUUUAUAAAUAAGUGCUGUGUCUUAACUAUUUUUGCUCCAGGCUAAUGAGAAACCAACAAAAGAACAGCAAGAAAAGAAAAUGAUUUCUGUGUAUAAACUAACGGAGAGGGCAUACCUCAGAACACAAUUAUUCUCAUUGUCUGGCUGACACAGUGAAGCUUUGUGGAGAGAGCUUGCCAGUUCUCUCGGUAAGAAACACGUGAUUGUAAAAUGCAUGCCAUCCUGAUUCAUAUGGUAUAGCACAAGUCCAGUAUGCAGUGUUCGACUUGGACCACGUUCUCUUUAAUGCACAAGCCAAAACGUCAUCAUUAGAUUGGGACUUGCCCUGAGCCCCUGAAAACUGCUGAAAAAUCUGCAAAAGAAAAAGGUCUAAUAUCGACGCAUAGCUAGUGGUGGUCUUCUCUCUUUGCAAAAUUGUGUGUUGGUUCAUUGCGUAUCAUUCUCUUUUUUAUGGAGGUGUCAGGAAGAAGACAAAUGCAGUACUACAACACUGUUAACAAAUGUGUAUACAGAAAUAAAUCUAAUGUUGAAAGUGUGAAUUCUAUCUGCUAUUGCAGUCAACUGUGUCAAAAAAGAAGAAAUUUGUUUACAUAUUUUAUUACAUGCUAUCUGUUGUACUUUGUAGGUAGUAAAUUGUACAUAUACCAUGACAGUUGUAAUUUUUAGUACCACUAUUGUACAGACUAAACACAUGGUUUAUCAACAGAUUUCAUGAGAAAUUUAUUAACUGUUAUUAAUUUACAUGGAGAAAGACUCUAACGAGAAUGUGAAGAAUCAUAUUGCUAUUCAUAAAGAAUAAAAUGUAUUGUUAGCCUAGAAAUCUAAAAAGAGAUGUUUCUAAAGUUGCAUGAAUAUUUAAUUACUGUCCGACAAAUACAACGUGCCCUUUCUUCUGUACCAUGACUUUCUUGUUCUGGGUGACAGUACUGAUUUGUUUAGUUUCAUUUUAAGUUUUUUGGAGAGAACAACAUCAGAUUUAUGACAAGGAGACAACAAAAGAAUGGGCCUUCAAAGUUUGGAAAGACAAAUUCUGUGGGACCAUAAAUCAUUGCUUGAUUGUCCUUUUAUGUUUCCAUUACCUGUCAUUGUCAUUAAGUCACCAGGUGCAGUCUUUUUCUUAGAAAUCACAUUUUUGUCACAAUUGUUACUUUUCAUAACCUUUUUCCAUCAGUUUGAUAACAAAUAAAACUUUUUU